GAAUCUUAGCGAAAAGCUGUUCCACUCCAUUUCUCAAGGAGAAAGUCUCCCAGCACUGCUCCCUUAGCCCGAUCUUGCCAAGAAAAGGGAUUUGCUGCACAUUCCAAGGACACUGCACUUUCCUGGGCCACCCGCACACUGCUGGCAGAUGGCCGUGCUCUCUGCCCGCUCCUGCCCAGCUCUUGGUAGUAGCGGGCACAUUCCAGCCUGGCGAAGGUAAAAAACCUGGAGAGCCGUCACGAUGCGUUAGGGGAGUUGAGAUGCUGGAAAGCAGCCAAGCUGAACAGCCUGGCUCAGCUGCAAUACUGUGCAAUUGAUUGAAUGCAGAAAACCAAGCAGCAGAGCAGCGGGCUUCUGUGUGUAUUGAAGGCAAUUGCGAAAACACAGCAGCUGCGCCUUGUCAAGCACAGUCAGCCACCUAUUGUGGGAGGGGUCCCCGCCCUCCCUUGGGAGGCAACUUCAAUAUAGCCAAAAGUUGUCAAUCACAUGCUGUUUCCCUCCCCAGUUGAGGCUGUCUGUCAAAGCUUAACACACUCCCCAGUUCUAGAAAGUUCUUCUGUUCUGUUAAUCCCAUUGGACCCUGUUAGAAUGCCAGUCCUCUCCUGUAUCCCGAUUGGUUCAUUACAUGUCACCCCAUCCCGUCUCCUCCCCUCUACCCUUUACCCAUUGGUUGGUUUGUGCCCUAGCCACUCCUAUCCCUCUGCCCUUAUAUUCUCGGUCCCGCCCGGGUGCUGGGCUCCCGAAGUCAGCUCUUCCUUCGGGAGGUUGCUGCUCCUGGCAAUAAACUUCUCGGAUCCUGCUGCUCGGGAGACGUCUCGUCUUUAUUUGGUGGAGCUUUCCGGGUUACAUCUACCCCUCCCUGCGGACCGGUCAGCCGAGGAUCACUCCCCGGACUGGCUGGGAACCCAGGGAACCCCCGGAGGACCUAAUUUUAUACAAUUGGCGCUGCGAACACGGUGAUCGCUGCCCCGGUUUCCGACGAGCGUCUCCUGCCGCGUGAGGAUCUGUGACCCUGCGCUGUGGGACUACAAGCGCCGUUCGCCGCCAAUCCCAGGAGUAGCUGUUCUUCUGUUUUAAGAAGACUCCUAUCUCCUGGAUCUGCUGACAAGUCGUGGACAUCUGAUCCUGCAGCUUCAAGGGAAGCCCCGGAUUCCACGACACCAGCAGAGCUCCACUACCCCGCCUCAGCCUUUUCUUUCGCCGCGUCGUAGUUGGACUUUGGUCCACCCAGAAUGGCAGUCGCAGCAGCCAGAACACCCUGCAGUGACCAGCUUCCUGCAGCAGCACUUUUCAUCAUCGUGUGGUUUCACCUGGCAGGAAGCUGGAUCAUACCACAGCCCAAAGAGAAUGUCUGGGUCACGCUGGCAAAGUCCAUCGGGCAGGAACAACUCUGCAUGGCCAUGGGAGGUGUAGGCAACCCGUUGUCUACAUGCCUGGUGGGAGUCCCCCUGUCGGAAAAUGAUUUUCCAUUCACAGUGAUGAAACCCAACCCGGCGGACUCCUUGGGGAGUUGGAUAAGGACACUACUGCAGGCACCACAGGAACCCCAGGAAUUGGACCUACUGGGGUCCACGAGGGCUCAUUUAUGCAUUAGAUUCUACACUAAGGCCCCUCAAGGAAAAAUAGAGUAUAACAUCAAAGAGGUUACACCAACUGAUAAAAGAUAUAUUAAUGAGUGGUGCAACUAUACUAGCCUGAUUCUGAUCAAGUCCUACCCGUACCCUAAGGAGCUCCCUCGGGGUGUGUUUUUGAUCUGUGGGGACAGGGUGUGGGCUGGGAUCCCCUCUAAGAUCAAAGGGGGUCCCUGUAGCCUUGGCAGGCUUACUACCCUAACCCCCAACAAAACACAAAUUAUGGAUUGGAAAAGGGGAAGUCAAUCGGCACGCCAAAAAAGAUCUUAUGGGGAAUUCGGCCCAAAUUGCGACUCGGAAAUUUAUGAUUGGGGCAAAGGAAAGAGGGUCGCUGCAUCCAUCUUUUUACCGUGGUAUGCGGCAGCAAAGGCCCUCGGUGAGAUUUCUCACCUGGGGUGUUGGAUGAGUAAGCAGGCCAACGCUACUUCUGCCGUCCUAUCAGAUCUCUUAGCGGAAGAAGAGACCACCAGGCAUGCCACCUUACAAAAUAGAGCAGCCAUCGACUUUCUGCUGCUCGCCCAUGGCCACAGUUGCGAGGACUUUGAGGGGAUGUGCUGCUUCAAUUUGUCAUCGAAGAGCACAUCCAUCCAAGCCAGCAUCCAGCGGAUCCAGGCGUUAGUGAAGGACUUAAAGACUGAAACUGGGGCUGUGGACGCUGUGAACAAGAUCUUUUCUCAAUGGGGUGUUCCUGGGUGGGCCAUUCCAAUUGUUAAGGGUUUAGUUUGGGUUUUAAUCAUAAUUUUCUUAAUUUCUGUUGCUUUAACUAUCUUUAAGAAAUUGUUAACUAGGACAAUGGGAAAUGUUUUUUUAAUAAACCAAAAAGGGGGAGUUGUGGGAGGGGUCCCCGCCCUCCCUUGGGAGGCAACUUCAAUAUAGCCAAAAGUUGUCAAUCACAUGCUGUUUCCCUCCCCAGUUGAGGCUGUCUGUCAAAGCUUAACACACUCCCCAGUUCUAGAAAGUUCUUCUGUUCUGUUAAUCCCAUUGGACCCUGUUAGAAUGCCAGUCCUCUCCUGUAUCCCGAUUGGUUCAUUACAUGUCACCCCAUCCCGUCUCCUCCCCUCUACCCUUUACCCAUUGGUUGGUUUGUGCCCUAGCCACUCCUAUCCCUCUGCCCUUAUAUUCUCGGUCCCGCCCGGGUGCUGGGCUCCCGAAGUCAGCUCUUCCUUCGGGAGGUUGCUGCUCCUGGCAAUAAACUUCUCGGAUCCUGCUG